UUGGCUCAGUUUCGGUUGAAAGCCAAAGGCGAGCGGUUCUCUCACGGCUUUUGCUGAGCUCGUCUCGUCUCGUCUCGCCGUUUCACGUCUCGUCUCGUUUCGUUUCGUUUCGGUUCUUGUGCCACACAGAAAGAACAGCGGACAAACUUAUAGCGCGCUGAUAGAAAAGACGCGAGUGCCAAGCACAAAUAAACAUAAAAAGCGCCGUUAUUCGUGAAUAUCUUGCCAAUUGUAUUAUUUUUUUUAUUGUUAUUGUUAUUUGAAUAUUGGUUUGUGCCGUCGGCAAAGCUCAGUGGGGGAGCGAGACAAGUGAAGGAGUCGGCGCCACCACAUGACCACAAUGCCACCGGAAAUGUCCACAACUACGGCAGCCGUUGGGGACACACCGGGCACCCUUACGACCUCGCCCUCGGCCACGCAGGCGCCGCGCUCCCGCUUCAUGAUCACCGACAUAUUGGCCGGCAGUGCCGCUGCGGCUGCCGCUGCUGCUGCCGCCGCUGCUGCCAUGGCGGCCGCCGCCGGACGCGGCUCGGCCAGCCCGCCCGAGGAUUGCUACGCGCCGUCGCCCAUUCGUGAUGGACAGCAACAGCAUCAGCAGCACCAGCAGCAGGCGCAGCAGACGCAGCAGCAAGUCCAGCAGCAGGCGGCACUGCAGCACUACUUGGCCCAGCAGCAGCAGCUGCUGCGCUUCGAGCGCGAGCGUGAGCGCGAUCGUGAGCGGGAGCGGGAACGGGAACGUGAGCGGGAGAGGGAGCGAGAGCAGUACCAUCAUGUGGCGCCACUGCUGGCCCACUUCCCGCCCAGCCACUAUGCGGUGCUGCAGCAGCAGCAGCAGCAUCCACACGCCCAUCUACAUCGCUUCGCCAGGCAGGCGGGACGCGAAAACUCGCCACCGCUGACCAAGGAUUGCCACACAGCAGCCCCAUGGAAUACGCUACAGCCUCUAAAUCCGCACACACAUCCGCAACAUCCGCUUGCCCAUCAUCCGCAUCCACAUCCGCAUGCUCAUCCGCAUCCACAUCACCAUCAGCUGCAGCUGGAACGGGAACGCCUCGAGGCGUUGCAUCGUCAUGGCGCCAAUGUACCGCUUGGCGGCGCCGGCGGCCUUGUCGAUGGCCAAGAUGAGCGAUCGCGUUCGCCCCUUGUGCUCCAUUCGCUGGACGGCGGCGGUGGCGGCGGCGGCAACAGCAGCAGCAACAACAACAAUAAUAGCAGCAGCAGCAACAACAACAACAUCAGCGGCAGCAGCAACAACAACAUCAACAACAACAGCGGGAACACAAGCGGCAUGCUGCUGGGCGGCACGGGCAGCAGCAUCAGCGGCGAUCAGGCGAGCACCAUCGAUGACAGCGACAGCGACGACUGCGGCGGCAAAGACGAUGACGGCGAGGAUAGCAUGAAGAAUGGCAACAGCAGCGCCAAUGGGGACUCCCAUUUGGGGCUCAGCCUGAGCAAGAAGCAGCGCAAGGCGCGCACCGCCUUCACCGACCAUCAGCUGCAGACGCUGGAGAAGUCCUUCGAGCGGCAGAAGUAUCUCAGCGUGCAGGAUCGCAUGGAGCUGGCCAACAAGCUGGAGCUGAGCGACUGCCAGGUGAAGACCUGGUAUCAGAAUCGCAGAACCAAGUGGAAGCGCCAAACCGCCGUGGGCCUGGAGCUGCUCGCCGAGGCCGGCAACUACGCGGCCUUUCAGCGGCUCUACGGCAGCGCCACGCCCUAUUUGAGCGCCUGGCCGUACGCAGCCGCCGCCGCGGCCCAGACGCCACACGGCGCCCCGCCCUCGGCCAUCGACAUCUACUACCGGCAGGCGGCGGCCGCCGCUGCGCUGCAGAAGCCGGCGCUGCCCGCCACCUACAUGUACCCCAGCCGCAUGCCGCCGGGCAUGGGGCUGCCGGGCAUGCCGCCGCCGCCGGGAGCCGCGCCCAUGCUGGGCGGCUACUAUGCGCCGCCGCUGGCGCCGCGCGAGCGCUCGCCGGCGACCAGCCAGAGCGCAAACAGCGAGGCCGACUACGAGCGCAGCAGCAGCAGUCGGCAGCGCUUGCUGACGCCGAGUCCGCCCCUCAAUCCGGGCAGCCCGCCGCCGCGCCGCGAUCACGGCCCAGCCGAGGAGGCGCCACUGGCGUCGGCCGCCAAGACGCCGCCGCUGGAGGCGGAGCGCGGGGAGCUGACGACGCUGACGGCGCUGCCAGCGGUCGACGUCGACGAGGACGAAGAGGACGAGGAGCUGGCGCUCGAGGUGUGAGCCAGAGCAGCGGCCGCAGCAGCAAGGCUGGAUCUCAGAGGGCGACUACGAAAUGUCUCGCAACAAAUAUGAAGUAGAUCUAUAAAUAAUAUACUAUAUAUAAAUAAUAUAUAUGCAUGUAGUCGUAGUGUAUUUUUUUUUU